UUGUGUGUAAGCCUUGUUUUGAUUCGCGAUUCUGCAGAAUUUUUUUUUGCUGGAACCAUUGUAGUAUUAUGAAUUAAAUUAUUUGCCAUAUUAAAAAUGAUCCGGUUGUCCAAAAUAUUUCAACCUACGCUGGUCAAACCUAAAAAUGCUAUUGUCAAGAAUCAAGAUAUAACAUCCAAAAGCCAACGGGUAAAAUUUCACCAUCUUCUGCUCGAACAGGGCCUGGUCCGGCAAGCUGGAAAUGGAACGUUUUAUAUGUUACCCCUGCUGCAGCGCUCCCUUCAAAAGGCGAUUGAUCUGAUCGAUGGUUUUAUGCAACAGCAUGUCGAAGCACAGAAGCUAACUCUACCCAUUUUAACGUCAGCCGAUUUGUGGCGGAAAAGUGGUCGACUGGACAGUGCCACCGGGGAGCUGAUGACCACCAACGAUAGACACGAUAAACUGCAGAUACUGGGACCGACCCACGAAGAAAGUAUUACUGCUUUGUUGGCGGCUAUUUCGCCGGUUUCGUACCGCCAGUUUCCCCUCAGGCUGUACCAGAUAUCAACGAAAUUCCGAGACGAAAUGAAACCCCGUUUCGGGUUGCUAAGGGCUAAAGAGUUCAUCAUGAAGGAUUUGUACACAUUCGAUGUAGGUCUAGCGGAAGCUCGCCGCACGUACGAGGAAGUUAACGAGGCGUACGCUAACAUAUUCAAUGCAAUCGGCGUACCGUUUGUGCGCGUUAGUGGCGACACCGGACUUAUGGGCGGCUCUAUGUCCCACGAGUAUCACUUUCCAAGUGACGUCGGUGAAGAUCAGCUGGUACGUUGCGACGAGUGCGGUAUGAGCUGCAAUCAUGAGCUUUUUCACACUGUUAAAAUUUGUGAAAAGUGUAAUCAUAAAAAUGUUGUUCGGCAAAUGGGCAUCGAAGUUGGACACGCAUUUAUUCUUGAGGACAAGUACAGUAAAGUACUGGGAGCAAAAUUCUUGAAUGAAACUGGUAAACCAGAAACUCUUCAGAUGGGUUGCUACGGUAUUGGAGUAAGCCGGUUAGUUGCCGCAGGUGUCGAAGUUUUAUCAACAGAAAAGGAUAUCAUUUGGCCUUUCAAGUUGGCUCCAUUUAAAGUUUGUAUAAUACCACCAAAAGUCGGUAGUAAAGAGCAGGAAAUUGGAGACCGAUGGCUCAGAACGAUGUAUGACGCAUUAACGACUAUUCCAAACCUACAACCAGAUAUAGUUGUCGAUGAUCGACCAAAUAUGACAAUUGGAAAACGUCUCGUCGAUGCCAAGAAAACAGGUUUUCCUAUAGCCGUUGUGAUAGGUCCUAAAGCUGUUCGAGAAACCAACGCCAUAUUCGAAGUUCACCACCUAGUAAAACCUAGCAGCUCGGAAUUGUUUUUUUCCGAAGCCAUCAACGAAGUUAGAAGGAUAUGUGAUAAUAGUUGAUUAAACUUUUCGCUCAAUAGAUUACAUUAAAGUGUUCAAAAAUAAACUAAUCUCUGUUAGAAAAUAAGUUUUGGCCAAGAAAGCUAGUAUGACGAUGACAGUUGACUUUGUUCGGGAGCAGUUGCUUAUAACGGAAUGUAUCUGAAUCAGCGACACAACAAAGUACGUCACGACAAGCGUGAUGUGGAUGGCCAUACCAGAAUCUGUAGAAUUCUGCUUCCAAAUGAUUAUAGGAACCAGGAAAAAUUUAGCGAUGCUUGCCAGAAUAACGCAUUGUAACAGUGCUAGUGGGUAGGACUUAUCGCCAUCCGGUCUCGUUUCAAUUUUAUGCAGUAUUUUUGUUAGAAGAUGUAGGAAAGCGUAUAGUAACACAGUACCUAAAACAUUGAAGAAAUAUUAUUGUUUUUCCUAUACAUUCUCCAAAAGACUCACCUAUCACAAUGUGCAACGUGGAUACGUAGAAGCCCUUUUCGGCUAAAAAUGGAUCAGCUUGAUCCGAGCGAUAACGCACGUUUGUGAAUUUGCCGAAGGUUUCCGUCCACAAACAGUACGCUUCGAGAAGGGUCAAAAUAACACCUAUCUUCCACAGGUUUUUGCAAUCCGAAUUGUACAAGAUGUGCCUGUAGGCUGCCUUGGACAGUAGAAUCAGAUCAAUCAUUAUGAUGAUCACUUCGAACUCGAUGUAUUUAUCUGCUGGUUGAUUACAAUUUUCCUAGACAAAAAGAAAAAAUAAUGCUCUAUGAUACUGAAGAUAAUUUUUGCUAGUUAUGUUUAAAAAUAAUACUUACACAUUCAGUUAUUUUGAGCACCGUGGAACUGAUUCGUCUAUACAAUUCCGGAACCGGCUGACCACAGUUAAUACAAACAUACUGCUUAUUAUCGAGUUUUGAUU